GCCUUCAACAAUAAUUGGAAGCGGGUACACCAACAAAACACACAAAAGAACUCCCAAGUCAAUUAACAAUCACAAACAAACAUACAUCAAACUAAUAAGAGAUCCAAAAGCAAAGAGACACCACUUCACAUUGUUAUUUUCACACACACACACAGACACGCACAGAGAGAUGGUGACCAAGACAGAAGAGACCCAAUUGAACAGAUUGGAGAACCAGGUUGAUAAUGGCGGAGGAGGGGCUUGGGAGUAUCUUUGUUUAGUAAAGAAGCUCAAGGUUAGACGUCCUGAGAAGGUCUUGAAGCAUGGCUUAUCGAUCUUGAAUGACCCCAAGAAGCGAUCCAGUCUUGGCCCAGAUGAAUGGACACUGUAUGAACAGGUAUCAAUUGCAGCUAUGGACUGUCAAUGUCUUGAUGUUGCGAAGGACUGCAUUAAGGUUUUGCAGAAGAAAUUUCCAGAGAGCAAAAGGGUUGGAAGGUUAGAGGCUAUUUUGCUUGAAGCAAAGGGAUUGUGGGCAGAGGCAGAGAAAGCCUACUCAGGCCUUUUAGAGGAUAAUCCACUUGAUCAGGUAUUACAUAAAAGGAGAGUAUCUAUAGCAAAGGCACAAGGUGACUAUUCAGGAGCCAUAGAUUUGCUUAAUAAAUAUCUGGAAAUAUUUAUGGCAGAUCAUGAUGCCUGGAGAGAACUUGCCGAAAUAUAUAUAUCAUUGCAAAUGUACAAACAAGCUGCUUUUUGCUAUGAGGAGCUCAUACUAUCGCAGCCAACUGUUCCACUUCAUCACCUAGCGUAUGCUGAUGUGUUAUACACACUUGGUGGACUAGAAAACCUUCAGACAGCUAAGAAAUACUAUGCAUCCACGAUAGACUUGACUGGGGGCAAGAAUACUAGAGCACUCUUUGGCCUCUGCUUGUGUACCUCGGCCAUUGCACAACUAACGAAAGGACGGAACAAGGAAGAUAAGGAGGGUCCAGAGCUGCAAUCUUUGGCAGCUGCUGCUUUGGAGAAAGACUACAAACAGAGAGCUCCUGGAAAGCUUCCCCUGCUUGCUUCUGCUUUAAGAAGUUUGAAAAUUUCAUAAUUCACAUUGCCUUUGGUGUUCAAGAUUCUCAUUUCAACUCUAACUAGGGUCACCGGCACAGCGUAGAACAGAAGUGAAUUGGCAAAAACAUUAGAUGGUCAUUAAUUGAAGCAUCUUCUUUCUUUGUUUUUUUCUAAAGGUCGUUAAGACUAGGACAUUAUGUAUUUUUUAGAUGCUCCAUUGGCAAACUGAUAAUGUUGUGAGAUAAAAAUUUUCCCCUGCAUAAAGAUCAAAGGUUAUAUUCA